GGUCAACCUGGCAACGCUGGCUCUGGGUCAGGCCUCCUCUGCCAUCAUGGCAGCCACCAGGACUGACAGUAUGACUCUGACCCCAGGUCAGUGGCUGGGCCUGCCUGCUGUCACUGCUGUCACCCUCUACAGACAUGAGGACCCAGCCAUGUCUCUGGCAGCAGGCAUGACCUCCAGCCAGCCGGUGGCCAGGCUGCGGGCGCUGCCCCUCUGGCUCUCCCUGCAGCACCUCGGACACGAUGGGAUCGUCCACAAGAUCAGACACGCCACUGCUCUGAGCCAGCACCUCCUGCAGAGGCUCAAAGCUCUGACCUCCAUUAAAACAUCG